AUGACGAAAGAAGAAUUGCAGCGAAUGAUCGAAGAGGCAAGCAGAAAGGCCAUUGUGGAAUACGAGCGUAGAACGGUAACCCCAGCUAGAGAAGGGGUCAGGAGACAAUUAUUCCAGGAAAUAGAAAUGGAGCAAAGGAGAGAGGUCUCGAGGGUGCCUGAAAAAGGCCCUGAAAGAACCUUAUCAAAUGAGGUGACUAGCAAAAGAACGGUCACCAGACAACCGGGCAUAUCACGAGCGGAUGUGGACAACGUUAGCAAGCAUAUCGAGAAGAUGGGAAAGCAGAUAGAGGAGCUGAAAAAAAGGGGAGAGAUCGUGUCGCAAAAUAGGAACUCACCUUUUACUAAUCGGAUCCUGCUGGAGGUGGUGGAUAGUAGCUUUCGGUUCCCGGAUCUUCCCAAGUACGAUGGGAGCAAGGAUCCUAGGGAACAUGUGGCUGCAUUUGAUCUGGUCAUGAACCUAUACGGUCAGACUGAUCCGAUCAAAGCGAAGCUAUUCGUGACUCCUCUGAAGGGCAAGGCUCAGGAAUGCAAAAGAAAAGCGAAGAGGUCAGCCACUCACCUCUUCACGAUCAGACAAAGGGAGGACGAGACGCUGAAGUCUUUGAUGGGGAGAUUUAAUGACGAAGUGUUGGAGAAAGGCCUGUUCGCAUCGGCGCUGGCUCAAGAUCCACCAACGGGAAUAGAGCAAUUAAUGGAAAUGGCACAAAAAUACAUUGAUGAGGAGGAGAUGAAUGCCAUGAAGGACAAUGAAUGGACAAGGGAUCUGGGGCGAUCGAAGGGAGAGCGAUCAAGAGAUGGGAAGCAGCAAUCUGAAAAAGAUCGAGAGCGAAAAGGACCAUACCACCUCGAUAUCAUAGAAAAAUUUCACAAGUAUUGCAGGUUCCAUAAAGACAAAGGCUAUAACACGGAGGACUGCUACCAGUUGAGGGACGAGAUUGAACGAUUGAUAAGACAGGGCUAUUUGAAGCAUUUGAUCGAUAAGAGGACUGAAGCAGGUGACGGUAGUAGGUCGCGGAGCUGUGAGCGGCACCCAAAGGACGAGGCAGGAAAGAGUAUAGCUCGGGAUAAUGCACCCACGAAGGGUGUUAUUCAUACUAUCUCGGGUGGACCGACAAAGGGAGACUCGAUGAGAGCAAGAAAGAAGUAUGCAAGGGAGAGCAGGAUCAAGUAUGGGGAACAAAUGAUGCAUGUAGAGAAGCAGGAACAUAUCGUCUUUGGAGAUGAAGACUUGAGUCCGGAUGUUCUCGAUCAGAAUGACCCCAUGGUCAUUAAGAUGGACAUUGCCAACUAUCAGGUACAUAAAGUGUUGAUAAAUAAUGGCAGUUCUAUUGACAUUAUUUUCAGUGAUGUUCUCAGAAAAAUGGACUUGGGGAAUGUAAAGCUGAAACCAGUUCGAACACCUUUGGUCGGGUUUGGAGGGAGUGAGGUCAUGCCUAAAGGUGUGAUCAAUCUACCAGUUUCAUUGGGAGAAGAACCCAGAAGGAAGACGUGCAUGGUUCAAUUUUUGGUGGUCGACAGCCCAUUUUCAUAUAACGUGGUAUUAGGGCGACUGGGAUUGAAUAAGUUUAUGGCUAUGGGAGAGACAGCAAAAAAAGAGAAGAGGAAGGAGGAGAUGAGCCAGAGUGAGAAGGUAAAGCGGGGAAAAAUGGAAAGAAUUGAACCAUCAGAGGAGUACAAGAAAGUGGAAUUAAUUUCAGGAGAUUUCCAAAAGACGACCUGCAUUGGGUCGCAGAUGACGGCGGAGAUGGAAACGUUGAUGAUCGUCUUCUUGAGGAGCAAUAACGACCUAUUUGCAUGGAGCCCCUCUAAUUUUCAAGGUAUAGAUCCUGAGGUAAUUGUACACAGACUGAAUAUUGAUCCGCAGGUCAAACCAGUGAAACAGAAUAAGAGGAUGUUCGGGGUCGAGAGGAACAAGAUCAUCGAAGAGGAAGUGAACAAGUUGUUGCAAGCCAGGUUCGUAAGGGAGAUUCAAUACACGACCUAG